AUGGAUGAUGAUCACGUUUGCAAGUACACGUAUGCCUUACACCUAUACCAGCUGGACAUCACGGUGAAACAGGGGCGUAACAAGGUGCGGGAGAUGUUCAUGAAGAAUGCCCAUGUUACAGAUCCACGGGUGAUAGACAUGCUGGUUAUUAAGGGAAAAAUGGAGCUUCAAGAAACCAUUCAGGUGUGGAAGCAGAGGACUCACGUCAUGAGGUAUUUCCAUGAGACGGAAACCCCACGACCUAAAGACUUUCUGUCCAAAUUCUAUGAGGGCCAUGAUCCCUGA